ACAACCCCUGCCCCUCUCACAGCUGUCAGUAUAUUUGGACUUCCUUUCUUUUUAGUGGAACUAUACAUAUAAACCCAUACCCCCCAAACUCUGAGUCUUAAGGGCUGAGGCUACAAUGCAGAAGAAUGUAUCACCUGACGCCUGGUACCUCUCUGGAUGCCAUGGAGGGAAGGAGAAAAGGGUCUAUGAACUCCCACGGAGUUGUUCGUUGCUUAUCUCUUGAAGUCUCCAAGGACCCCUGCCCCACCUCUGUGAUCCUCUUGACCUCUUUCAUUAGCACUGGCCCCACCAGGAAUGUACCACCUGGUUGGCAAAGCCAGUCAUGCAAUGUGAGGUGGGGAGGCCGAUAGACUGGACUGCUGUCCUGUUUCCUGUGUGAGAGACUGGUGGCCUCAGCAGCUUUUGAACACUCUCCGCUGUGCAGCACUGUCUCCUGGUGGUCUCACUCAGGCCUGGCCUUCUCCUCGGCCCCGCCCCCCCCCUGAAAACCCAUCUGGACAUCCACUAGGAUCUCAAGCUUUACUUGUUCAAAAUGGAGCUUGGGAAGCCCUGUCGCUGCUCCUAUCCCUGAUAUCCCUGGCUGGCUUAAUGCACCAUCCAUCCACCCAGCACCCAAGAAGUCAUCCUGACUCUUCUCUCCUCACCUCCCAAGGCCACAAAACACCAGGAAUCCAGCCUUCUCUUGCCACCUCCAUGGUUACCAUCUUAGCCAGACCCAUCAUCUGUUUGUCCCCUGCUGUGACUUGUUUCCGUGCUUCCAUCCUGGCCCCUCCGCAGUCCAAGGCCCUCACAACCGCCAGAGAGGUCUUUAACAUAAACCAAAUGCUCUCCCUUCCCUGCUCAGAACCCUCCAGCGGCUCCCUGUUUCACUCCACAUAAAGCCCAACAUUUUUCCUAUAACGCUAUAUAUACACGCGGCCCUUCUUGACCCUGACCUCUGCCCCUCCCCUAGCUUUCUAAACCUGGACUACCUGGACCUGCUUUCUCUUCUUCAAACACGCCAAGCUCGCUCCCCCGUUAGGACUUCUCACUUGCUGUGCCUUCGCUCAGCAACACCAAUCUCACAGCCAGGAAGGAGCUCAGCUCAAAUGUGGCCAAUUCCGAAAUGCCUCUCGGACGGUCCCGGUUCAAGCAGCGUACCUUCUGCAUCGGCUCUGUCUCAGGGCCCUGCUUUGUUUUCUUUGUGACCUUUAUUACCACCCGGGAUUCUUAUUUAUAUGUGCACUUACGGAUUUGUUAUCUGUCCCACAAAAUAAAAUAUAAAUUGGAUGAUGGUAGAGAAAUGCAUUCCCUGCAUGUCUCCCCGGGGGGGGGCAAAUAAGAAACGAUCAAACAAAUGCAUCUAUAAUUGCAAAUUGUGUUAAGUGCUACAUAAGGGACUGGCAGUAAUUGCUUGUAUUUGAGACCUCAAGCUUACAAGGCAGAACUACUGUGUUAUCAGAACAAGCUCUCUGAGCCGUUUUAGGGGUGAGGAUAGGCCUGGAAAAGACUGGUAACUUGCCCCAGGUCAACAGUGAGUUCAGGGAAGUGGAACUCAGCCUUCUACCCUAAGAACAUGUAUGUAGCAAGCUGUAAAUGGUAGGCCUGCAGUCAUGUUCUGGGAAGAACCUCACCCUUUGCUCUUCCACUAACUAGCAAGCCCCCUUCUUUUCUUAAUACUUAAUUUUCUUUACCUUUCGGGUAGGAUGGGUCCUGUUAUUAUCAUGUUGGGCUGCUGCUUCAUUUCUUCUCAGUGCACUUCAAAGCAGCAGCACGUCUAGUUGGAGCCCUCGUGCAGUUAGCAGCUAGGGGCACACACAGACUUGGGGACAAUGGCGAGGAACCAGACCCUUACCCACACUGACCAACUUGCAGGGCAGAGAGGGACCCUCGAUCUUCUGGCUCCGAUGUUUGUGGUCAUCAAUUUGUUUUUAAGCAAAUUCCUUGAAGGCCUCUGAGACUCAGGCAACAAUAAAAUAGGGUAAUUAAAGAGAAAAGGCCAGAACUGCAGUGUUGAGAAAGAAAGAAUUGCCUUUUCCCAACUCCGCUUGCACUCCUGCUGUCAUGUGUGGUCUGCUUUCUUCCAGUCUUUUCCUCGCUCUCAGUCCCAUCGAGUUAGAGCCCUCGUCCUGCAGAGCUGGAGAGUGAUGACGUUGGCCGAGGAGAAGACUUUCGAGUACAUCCGCCGCAAUUACCGCAAGUUUCACCAUAUUCCUGUUCUGGAGAUUCUGCCUUACUUGUCUUGCCUCACAACCAGUGACCAGGACCUACUGCGGGCCCACCUUGGUCUCCACGGGAACCGGAACACCAUUUGGGAUCUCUUCAACAGCCUUCAGCGGCGCAGUGGCUGGGUGGAGUCCCUCAUCUGGGCACUGAGGGCCUGUGAGCUGGCUGCUCUUGCUGACGAGGUGGACCGCGUCUAUCAGAGCAACCUGCCUCCGAGCCAGAGGCGCCCCCCAGCCCCACCGCAGCCGCCGUCACUACGUUUUCAGUCACCAGGGCCCUCCACACCCGCUGUGGCCCCCAGUGCCUCUCACAAUAGCUACAGAGACGAGGAGACAAGUUACCCCAUGCCUGUCCAGGACACCCAGUCGCCAGCAUCCCCGGGAGACAAUUCAAAGAAGUCCCCACAGACAGACAGCUCUGAGGCUGACCUGAGGAGGCCCAGUGGCCCCCAGGAGCCCUCCUCUGACAUGGCGUCCCUCAGCCCCCUGACCUCCAGUGGGCCUCAGGAGCAGGAAAAAGAACUGGGCAAUACGCACAUAACAGACACGGUCUCCAGCAUUACAUCAUCCCAUGGGCCUGUGUCUCCAACUGUCUCCUUCCAGCCCCUGGCCCGUUCUACCCCCCGGGCAAGCCGCUUGCCAGUGUCAGCUCCGUCUACUGGCACCUUCUCCUCCUCUGCAGGGGGUGCUAGUGAUCAGGCUGAAACUACCACCUGCUCCAGUGGAGUAGCAGUACCCACCAACUCUGUGACCACCAGCACAGCACCUUCCAAGGUGCCCCACCACUCAGCACUUACCAGCACAGUGCCUUCCAAGUUGCCCACCAGCUCAGAGACCCCUGGUAUAAUGUCCUCUAAUGUGCCCACCAGUCUAACACCUUCCAAGUUGCCUAUCAGUUCAACACCUGCUGGCACAGUGUCACCCAAGGUACCUACUGGCUUGGUGCCUGACCACAGGAUGCCCACGAGCUCGGUGUCCAGCAAGGUGCCUGCCAACACAGCACUCACCAUCAGGAGUAGCAGCAGACCCUCGGAGGAGACGCCAGUGUCUCCAGCGCCCACAAGUGCCACUGUUAGAGGCAGCUCGCCCUAUGCAGACAGCCGCUCCAACAGCUGGGGCUCAGGGCUGGAGCUGAGCAAGCCAGGCGGGCUGUCUUCCCAGAUAGACAGCCAGCCAUUCUCUGGCUGCUCUGCGGACCUUGCCAUCAGCUACAGCAACAACACAGACUCAGGACCUGACAACACGCCGGAGGAGAACGAGUACACGUCAGGAGACAGCCUUAGAAUCCAUGUAGCUGAGGGUCCCAGCGCUGACCUCCUGGCAGGCAGUCCUGGGCGGCACGCUGCCUCCCAGCUCAAGGAACAGAAGGAAGCGCGGUGUGAUGGGGAGGCUCAGAGGGCUCCAUGGCUUGGGGUGGCUGCUGCCGGGGCAGGGGUGCUCCUGGCCACGGUCCUAGUAGUUGUGCUGUACCGGCGGCGCCUACACCAGUGAAGCCCUCUGCCCUUCCCACCAUACAUCUGCUCUGUUCCCAGUUACACAUCUGUCCUGAGGCAUGCAGCCAGUCCCACUGUCCUUGUCCCUUCCCUGGGUCUGGCAGAGGCUGGGUCAGAGCGGGCUGCAGCCCUCGGGGGAGGCUGUGCCAUGGCUGACUGAAUCCUGGGAGGCAGCAUUUCUGUCCAGCUGGUGCAUUCUGCAGCUUCCUUACCAUCCUUGGCUUUCUGGGGUCAGGCAUAUGUCCUGUGCCCUCCAGACCUGCCGCCCAGCAAUCUGGGUUGUCGCCUUUGUCCUCUGGAGGAGGUCCCUCUGUCCACGCCUUAUCUAUGUUUGCCAUGCAUCAGGGGUGCUGCUGAAGAGUGCAAAGGGUUGGCCAACCCUGACCCCCAUCCUGCCCGGGUCCCUGGCAGCUAACGGGUGUCCAGGGAGGGAGACCCACAGGACCUCGCUCCUGAGGCCAUUGCCUUGAGAGCAGUGAGAGAACACCAGAGCUGCUUCUUGUCCCCUGCCCCUUGUGUUCUCUGCCCAUGCCAGGAAAGGGCGGGGAGGAGCCUGGAGGAUCCCAUAGACCCCUGGGAAGGCCCCUUUCCAGUCUUCUCACCCCCUUCUCAGCUUCCCCUUCCUCCCAGUCCCCAUCCCCAUGCAGGUUGGGGAGGGGCCCCCUUUGGGACAGACUCAGGCUGAAGUUUGGAUUUCAGCUUCACCCCUUCCUGGGCUGUGUGGCUUGGGCAAAUAGAUGAUCAAACUGCUCUGGUCUUGCUCUCCCUCAUGGACUGUGAGUAUCUUGGUUCAUCCUUCACUGGGUUCUAAUGAGAUUGAAGCAUACAGGUGUUUGUCAAGUGCCUGGCCCAGAGCAAGUGGCCACUAAUUGCUUCUCCCACCUCUCCCCUGCCCACUCUGAUAGAGAUGAGGGCAUGAGAGGCAGAGUGCCCCGUGGGAAAGGAUAGCCUAGGCCUGAAUCCCGCUCUGCCGCUCACUCACUCUGUGCUCUUGGGCAAGGUGUUAACCUCUGUGCCUCUUAGCUGUGAAAGAGGGAUGAAUAGUAAAAAUAAAGAAGUAUAUGUACAUAUAUUU